AUGAAACAGGAGGACUUUGGCGUGGAAAAAUUUAUGGACCGGUAUGAGACCGGCAUCAGCAAUAAUAUGGGAGAAACCUGCUGCGAUUCGCUCUCAAUUGAUGCAAUUGCAAAAUUGGCCAAUGUCUCGGCUGAUCAACUUCUCCAAAAAAUGGCCCAAACAAAGCUAGUUUACGGUCACAUUACUGGUUCUCCGGAGUUGAAACAAGGAAUUGUGUCUCUAUACAACGAUUUGGGUGCCAAUGUGAGCUGUGACGAAAUUGUCAUUACCAAUGGUGCGAUCGGGGCCAACUUUCUUACGUUUUACAGUGUUGUGGAUCCUGGAGACUAUGUGAUAUGUGUUGAUCCCACGUACCAGCAGCUCAGCAGCUUGCCAAAUAUGUUUUCCAGCGGAAAUAUGGACAAAUUUCCACUAGAAUUUGAAGACAAUUACUUGCCCAAUUUGGACAAACUUGCAGCCAUGUUCCAAGCAAGAACUCCCAAAUUACUUGUGAUUAACAACCCUCACAACCCUACCGGCACCGUUUGGGACGAUGAAACGUUGUCGCAAAUCGUGGAGCUUUGCAGCAAGCACAACACAUACUUGAUGUGCGAUGAGGUAUACCGGCCGCUAUUUCAUGGACCCGUUCGUCCCAAGUCAAUUAUUGACUUUGGAUAUGAAAAAACCAUUUCAACAGGCUCAAUGUCAAAGAGCUUGUCUUUGGCUGGAAUCAGGUUGGGAUGGAUAGUCAGCAAAGACAAAAAAGUGGUGCAAGACUGUCUCACCAAGAGAGACUAUAAUACCAUCUGUGUGUCUAUGUUGGACGACCAAGUAGCAUCGUUUGCACUUCAGCACAAAAACCACAUUCUUGAGCGCAACCACAAGUUGUGUGCUGACAACUUGGCCAUCUUGGACGAGUUUAUCACCAAGAUGAAUGGGGUAGUUACCUGGGUCAAGCCAUUAGGUGGAAGCACCUGUUAUUUGCGACUUGAAAAUUUUGAUACCUACGAGUUGGCACGAGAAUUGGCGGAAAACCACAGCACGCUAGUGGUACCAGGAGAAGUUUUCUGUGGGCGCAAGGGUUUCUUGCGUGUUGGGUUCGGCAAUAGUAGCCAGGAUUUGCGAGGUGGUUUGGAGGUUUUGCAGCAAUGGAUUGAGAAAAAGAGAAAGGAGAAGAGUUGA